AUGGCGUGGUGUCGGAAUAAGCCGACAAAAUAUCCCCCGAAGGGUAAACAUGUCAAGACAGGUGCUUCGAAAAAUCGAAAGUACUCUCCAUCUAAGAUGGAGGCUGCCGUGCACAUGGUGGAGUCCGGUAGUAUGUCUAAGAAGAAAGCUGCACUUACGUUCGGCGUUCCACGUGCUAUCUUGAUAGAUAAACUGUCGGGGAGGUACAAGCUUGGUUCCACACCUGGGAGAAGUACGGUGCUGACAAAAGCUGAAGAACAAAAUUUAGUGGACUACUGUAAGCUAAUGACCAGUGUCGGCUAUCCUUUGAAAAAGGAUGAGCUUCUUCAUGAAGUUAAGAAAGUGCUUGAUCAUGAUAAACGCCCAACGCCAUUUAACAAUAACUUGCAUGGAAAAGACUGGUUUUACGGUUUUAAAAAACGGCACCCAGAAAUUUCCCAAAGGACGGCCAUGACCCUUGGCCACCAACGAGCUGGGAUUAAUGAGAGCAUGAUCAAUGGCUGGUUUGAUAGCCUACAAAGUUUUCUUCACCAGGAGGUGACCGACUGGAGGAAUAUGGUCAACGAUCCACGGCGUUGUUUCAGUGCCGAUGAAAGUGGGUUUCCACUUUGCGUGAAUACCGGAAAAGUCCUUGCUGAAAAAGGCGCAAGACAUGUGUACCAAGUUACAUCAAGUACGAAGCAGCAACUCACGGUCAUGGUUUGCUUUAAUGCGUUUGGUGAUUACAUCCCGCCACUCAUCAUAUUUCCUGGUGAAUGCUUCCGUGACUGUGGUAUCCAAGGCUUUCCAGAGGCCAUUUACGGCCAAACAUCAAACGGAUGGAUGGACAGUGAAUUGUUCGUUGAAUUCCUGAAACAUUUCAACACAUUUGUUAUCGAGAAAUGUAUACAAAAGCCUGUUAUCUUGUACGUAGAUGGACACUCAACACAUAUGUCGCUGGAAGCAGCUACGUACUGUCACGACAAUGAUAUUGUUCUCUACUGCCUUUUUCCAAAUGCGACACACGUGCUACAGCCCUGUGAUGUGGGAUUUUUCGGACCUAUGAAGUCAGCUUGGAAAAAAGAAGUGAAGGAAUGGCACUUAGCAAAUAUGGGACAGGCCUUUACGAAGCGGUAUUUUCCAGCGGUGUUCAAGAAAGCUUGGCUGAGAGUUGCCAAACUAGAGAAUGCAAUCCACGGUUUCCAGCGUUGUGGCCUGUUUCCGCUGUGUCCAAAUAAUGUUGACUUAACCAAGCUUAAUCCUUCGAAAUUGCACGAGCAAAGAAAAACCGAGCUAUCCGACUCUGUUGAAACUGAAGCUGCUCCUGUGACGCCCAGCACAACUGCCACUUUCAACUUACCUGCUGGAUCCAGCCUCUCUGUGUCACCUACGCCUGUGAGCGUAGCCGUGACACUUGCAUCUCCUGAGAAGGAAAGUGCACCUGUGACGCCGGACUUACCUGUAACGGAAGAAGCCCCACAUGUGACACCAACUGAGGUCGUGACUUCACCUGUUGUAAGUUAUUUACCUGCUUCCUCUGCGUCUCCGCCUUGUCAACUUACCUCGUCCGCUAAUGUGUCUUUCUCAACAGCUGCUCCAGCACCUACAAGUGGUGCACCCGUGACGGUUGUUGCUCCAUAUGCUUCUCUUGAGGUUCCUGGACCAAGUGGUGCAUGUACUUCGCGCCAAGGUUUGAACUUUGUAAAUGACAAGGAAAGUUACGUGUCACCAUCAUUUGCUCUUCUAGCUGUCCCGGAGAUUGCAGCCAAAAAGAAAGCUAAUAAUAUCAGACAGAAACUACCAAAGGCUUUGUCUGGGUAUGUGGCAUUAAACAUGUUGAAGGAAAGAGAAAUUAAAAAGCGCACAGAGGAAGAGGCAAAGAAAAGGAGGAAAGAGGAAAGAGAGGCAAAGAAAAAACAGCGUGAUGAAGAAAAACAACGAAAGAAGCAAGAGAGAGAAGAACAGAAAAGGUUGAAGAAAAAGAGAGACUUGAAUAAAAAUAAAAAAUCAAAGAAGCGAAAGCUGGAUGAGUCAUCAUCCGACUCCGACGGAGAUGUCCCUCGGUACGCCGAGACCGAUGAUGAUUACGACGAGAUGUCAAUGUGUCCAGGAUGCCUCACUAAUGAUGGAGACUAAGAUGAAUGGUUAUUAUGCACAGCGUGCCAAAGAAAAUGGCAUAUUUCAUGCACAGGAGAUGCUGUUUUGCUUGAAAUACCAGUUGAACAGAUUGACCAAUAUCCAUUCGUAUGCGAAUAUUGUGUUGACAAAUAAAUAAAAAAAAUGUAGUCAGACGGUAAAUAAAAAAAUUGUAGUCAGGCGGUUAGGUACAUUUACAUGAAUCAUUAUUUGUCAAAGUUACAAAGUACAAGUAAAAUGUUAAAUGUUAAAUGAAUUUGAUGGAAUAAUCAGUAUAAAUAGUAUCCAUUUCUGACAAAGCGAAAGCAAACAUUAA